GGGCCCAAACUUUUUCCGACAAGAGAAUACUGCAUGGUAAACUGACUAAUAUUUUCUCUCUCCCAGGAUGCACCCCUCAGAAGUGUGGCCGUGCAGUCACAGACAGCGUGGUGACAAGGGAGGAAGCUCAGGUCCUCCGGAGGCUGGCUGAGAGAGGGCUGGCGCUGGCUGGAUCAGAGGGAGGUGCUUCCAUACUUGACUUGCACUCUGGAGCGUUAUCGAUGGGGAAACAGUUUGUCAACAUCUACAGGUAUUUUGGGGAUCAGAUCGGAGAUGUUUUUACCCAGGAGGACUUCGAGCUGUACAGAGAUGUACGUGGGCGGAUACAGGCAGUUAUUGCUGAGACGUUUGGUUUGGACCCGACUCUGAUGUACCUCACCAAGCCGACCUUCUUCUCCAGAAUCAACAGCACAGCAGCCAAGACCCAACAUGACGAGUACUGGCAUCCCCACAUAGAUAAGGUGACUUAUGGCUCGUUUGACUACACAUCCCUGCUCUACCUGUCUGACUACGGCUCUGACUUCACGGGAGGAAGGUUUAUCUUCAUGGACCAAAAUGGUAACCGCACAGUGGAACCACGGGCAGGUAACUACAAGCUAUCAAAAACCUAAUCUUCCUUAAGUAAU